AUGGGUCUCUCCACCACUCUAUCCUCCAUCCUCCUCGCCUCUUCCACAGCAGCAUUAGCAGCAACAACAUCACCAACAGCAACAGAACCCUGUCUUUCCCACCCCGAAGCCUCCAACAUAGCUCUCCGCUGGUUUUCAAUUUUCGAAACCGACUCCCUCGGAAAUGGAACCGGAGCAGCCCUCGUCAACAGCACUCUCGCCUCGGAAUUCCAAUACAUAGAUUACGGAGCUACAAUGGGUGAUCAAAUGCCCCUCUAUACCGAUCGAUCUUCAGUCUACGAAUCGGUUUCUGGAAGCGGGUAUAGUGGGGCUUUGGUGACUGAUGUUAAAUAUACCAUUCCUUUUGUGUUUACCAGCUGUAAUGUUAUCGGUGCGAGAUGGCAGACUAAGUCGAUGAGUGCUAUGGCUGAGAAUGUGACUGUUCCUGUGGGGACUCCGAUUACAUAUUUUGGAACGGAUUAUCUGGAAGUUGAUCUCGCGACAAGGUUGAUCUAUAGUGCUACAUCUUCGUCGGAUUUGUUGAAUUACUACAAGCAGUUGGGCGACAAUGUACUUGCUUGA